AUGGAAUCAUAUUCAGUUAGUGAACAAACACGUCGUAUUUUAUCACCUUAUAAUCGACAAUAUUAUAAAUUAUUUAAUAUAAAUUUAAGAAAUCAUUUAAAAAAAAUAAAAGUAACGUUAGAUGAAAUCAUGAAUAACUUGAAUACAAAUUUGUAUUCAUUGAAAAAUUUAAAAGAAAUAAAAUUUUAUCGAAAAAAAAUUUUUCAAUUAAAUCAAAUUUUAACAAGAUUACGUAAUAAACGAUUAAUAUUUAAUAAUAAAAAUAAUUCAUUUUUUUUAUAUCUUCUUAAUUUUAUUUAUACUCUUGUGAAAUAUAUUACACAAAUUGAAAUAUGUAUCCAUGGAAUUGAAUGGCUAAAAAAAUGUUUCAAUCACAUAAUUAGCUUUAAUGGUUUUAUUAAACAACAAGAAGAAGAAAUAAUAAGAACAGAGUUAAUUUAUAUUGUUAAUAAAAUUCGAAAUGAAAUACAAAAUAAAUCAUAUCAUAAACAAGCUGACUUUCUUAUGAUAACAUUUGAUAUUCUAAGUAGUGUUCGAUCAAAAUGA